AUGACUUCUCAAGAUCGAGAUCCAGAUGAAUUAUUUGAAAUUCGUACAAAUUUUUAUAUUGGUAAUUAUCAGCAAUGUGUAAACGAAGCCCAAAAAAUUAAGGUCCCUCAACAAUUACAAAUCGAAAAAGAUUUACUUAUGUACCGAUCGUACGUAGCACAAAAGAAAUAUGGUGUGGUUUUAGAUGAAAUUAAUCAACAAACAUCACAAGAAGAACUAUUAGCCGUACGAUUAUUAGCUGAAUAUUUGUCGAACGAACCCAAAAGAGAAGCUAUUCUCCGUGAACUUGAUAACAAAAUGGGUGGUAAUGUGAAAAAUUCGUUUUGUUUAUUGAUGGCUGGUUACAUAUAUUAUUUACAAGAAAAUUACGAAAGCACAUUGAAAGUUAUUCACAAUGCUGACUCAUUAGAAUGUUGUGCACUGACUGUUCAAACAUUAUUAAAAUUAGAUCGAUUAGAUUUGGCCAAAAAAGAACUGAAACGUAUGACAGAAUUAGAUGAAGAUUCUGUUAUCACACAACUAGCAACAGCUUGGAUUAAUAUUGCAACAGGUGGUGAAAAAUUGCAAGAUGCAUUUUAUAUUUAUCAAGAAUUAUCUGAUAAACAUACGGCAACUCCGUUGUUGUUGAAUGGACAAGCUGUAUGUUAUAUUGGACAAGGAAAAUACGACGAAGCACAAAGUGUUUUACAAGAAGCACUCGAUCGGGACAGUAAUAAUCCAGAUACGCUAAUUAAUCUCAUAGUUCUUUCACAAAACACUGGAAAAGCAAUUGAAGUAUCAAAUCGUUAUCUAUCACAAACGAAAGAUUCUCAUGCCAAUCAUCCAUACGUCAGAGAUCUGACACAAAAAACUUCAGAACUUGAUCGUCUUGCACGUGGAUAUCAACCGUCUGUUGCGUCUUAG